CCUCAGUCUGCCGCUGUGCCAGGGAAACAUCCUGCUGAAGCUCGUGUGCUGGACUAGUGCACACGUUCCUGUAGAAGUCACUGAAUUUUGCCAGUCUUCUCUUCUCAAGGCGGUCGUCAACGAGUCACGUGUUAGCUGCAAGCUAGCAGUUAACCAGCUAUGAAGAUGAAGAGGCGACCAAAUAUUCUACUAACAGGUACACCUGGUGUUGGAAAGACAACUUUAGGGAAGGAGCUGGCACAGCGGACAGGGCUAACUUAUGUUAACAUUGGUGACCUGGCCCAGGAAGGACAACUCUAUGAUGGAUAUGAUGAGGAGUACCAGUGCCCCAUUUUGGAUGAAGACAGGGUAGUAGAUGAGCUGGAUGAGAAGAUGGUGGAAGGUGGUGUCAUUGUGGAUUACCACGGCUGUGACCUGUUCCCUGAGCGCUGGUUCCACAUCGUCUUUGUCCUUCGCACAGAUAACACCCAGCUCUACACUCGACUGGAAAGCAGGGGCUACGCAGGGAAGAAGCUUCAGGACAACGUGCAGUGUGAGAUCUUCCAGACCAUCUAUGAGGAGGCCAUGGAGGCCUACAAAGAGGAGAUCGUCCACCAGCUCCCAAGCAACACUCCUGAAGACCUGGAACACAACCUGGACCAGAUAGUCCAGUGGACUGAGCAGUGGAUGAAGGACCAUAACUAGAAACUUCCACCAACAGGACACUCACCUUAUGAAUUAUUUGAAUAAUUAAAGCACCAUCCAGGUUAUUUUCCAACCUGGCCUGGUGUUCAUAGAUGUUACCAUCAUGAAUAUUGAUGGUGUGUUCAAAGGAUAAUGACUUAACGGGCCUGGGGUUCCUGAUGACCCAAGUUGACUGUCGGCACCAUAACACACACUUGGACCCACUGACAUUAACUCUGCUUAGGUAUUAUUCACACAGCCAAAUGGGAUUUUUAAUAACCAGAACUGGGGUCGAGUCAGAGAACCGUACUGAUACAUUUGUAACAUGUUUUUGUAAAAUAAAUGAACACUGACUGAAAGUGUUCUCACCAA